AACAAAAAACGAGGUGUGUGCGCGUGUCGGUCUGAAAAAAACACUCCCCAACAAAAACAGAAAAGACUAAAAGGACAAAACUUUCACAAAAUCAAAAAAUUAAUGUAUAAUUUUUAAGAUAAAUACAAAAAACAACGAAAUUUUAUAACAAACCUACAAUAAAACAACAAUGAAUGCAUUAAAUUUACGUGUGUCCACUGUCAAGCCGGGGGAAACUAUCAGAAAAAAUGCUGAAAUGCGAGCUGCCUUGGUCACUUUACCCAAACAAUAUGAAUUGUUUGAGGAGUCCUAUUGUUUGGAAAUGAAAAGUGCUAAAACUGUGCCGGAUCAGGUGAUGUGUGUUAAGAAUACAUUCAAAAAUCUAGGAACAGAUGAAAAGGCUUUACAGUUUUUAUGUGAUAUAUAUUUUGCAAGUCCCCUCAAACAUCCAGUCAGGAAUCAAAUUUUAAAACUUUUAAUAACUGCUGCUAAAUUGGGCACUGGUGACGUGGAUGAAUCAUCUAUAGUGAAGGCCUUAGAAAAGAGCUUACAAAAACUUGUGGAGGAGGGUAAAACUUAUACCGAAAGUGUUAAUUGGAAUAUUACUAUUGCCUCACUAUCCGGCUGUUUUGAAAAUUUUGAAUGUGGCCUCAAAGCCUUGGAGAAUUGUAUUAAUAUAGUAUUUCCUUAUGCCUGUUCAUCGGUCAACAGAUAUGUUACCGAAUUGGGAGUUUUAAGUUCUCCCUCCGUACGCAAUGAAUACUAUAUGUAUGUGCACAAUUCCAUACGUUUCCUACUCAAUUGUGUGCAGGAAUUUGGCAAAGUCAUGAAAUCCACACACACGGAUCAAAUAAAACAAUUAAACACCAACUGCAAAGAGAUUAUCUCGGACAGCGAUAUACCCAUGGAUCCGCGCACAAAUGCUGGCAUCUUAAUGGCUUAUAUAGCUAAACUGUUUGAUGAGUACGAUGCCUUUGUGGCCUAUGUCAAGGACAUAAAAAAUCCCAAUGAAAUUGCCAUGUGUGUGGGCGUUAUUAACACCUGUGAUCAACAUGAUUUCCAACAAUACUCAGCCGAUAUACGUGAUAUUUGUGGUAAAAUCGAUGAAAUAGCCAAUGCUAAUGCCACGGUCCACAACAUUUUGCUGUGUGCCACCCGAGCCUUAUAUCAAAUCUCAAAACUUACCUACACCUAUGCCUUAAAGUCGCCCCAAACAUUGGAUGAUAUUAAAUUAAUAUUACGCAAGCUAUUGAUAUUUACGGUGGCCUAUUUGGAACAUCAUAUGGAUAGUGUUAGACAUAUUUGCAGGGAUUUAAUGCGCAACAUAGUGGCCUGCUCGAAAAAGGUGCAAUUUGAUUUUUUACUACAGAAAAUCUAUGAUGCCUGCAAUUCGGAUCGUUUGUCGUUGUCGAUGAAAUGUGUGGUAUUGCAACAGGCUGCCUCUAUUUUGGGAGCUGAUGAGAUUAUAAAGAAUUGUUUGGAUUUAUUUUCACAUCUAUUUGCCAGUAAUUUGGGCAGAGAUUUUAUUGUGAAUAAUUUAUAUGAAACCCUUAUGAUAUCCCAUCACAAAGAGCUUCCUUUCGUAAGUUGGGUUAAACUCUGGAUCAAUUAUCUAUUGAACAUAGCGGCCGUGCAGGACGCACGUUUAGCGGACAUUGAGGUUCUUAUCGUCAAGGCUGUAAAAUGUGACUGUAGAGUAGUACAAACUAUAAUUAAUUGCGAGGAUAAACCUAAAAUCCCCGUUAGCACAAAACUGUCGGCUCUAUGGGCUGUGCGAAAAUCAGGUAUAAAAAUAGAUAAUUUUCAAGAAAUCAUGCAACAAUUCUCGAAAAAUUUACAAUUAUCCAUACUCUCCAAUGAGGACGAAACUCGUAUAAUGGCUUUACGUCUGCUGGUGGAGACACACAAGACCACCGAGCCCCUAACACUGCUCGACUGUAAGCAUUUGUUAACCUAUUUGGAAUACAAUACAAAUUGUCAGAGUCCGGCCACGCGACAAAAGAGUUUAGCUUUGUUGAGCAAAGCUCUGGUGAGAUGUGAAUUGAAUUUGGUGAAGUUACUAAAAGGCAAACAACCACCUAAACUGGUACAAAACCAGCCGCUGGAAUUGAAGUUUCUGCAAGAUUUUAUGCGCAUUUUAGUGGAGAAUCUGUUUGAGGGCGCCAACUUUAGCCGCAGAUCAAUAUCCCUGCAAUUGCUGCACCAAUGUCUGAUCAUAGGCAUUAAUUGUAAUUUAAAAUUACUAACACUGCUGCCUAAAUCAACGGUACCCACAUUGGUGUCCACUUUGGGUGAUGGCUAUGAAUCGAAUAAGGAUUUGGCGGUCAAUAUGCUUAAACUGUUGGAGGACAAUAGCGAACUAAGUCUCAUAGAACAUUAUAAUUUGAAUAUCAAUCUGCUGGAAUUGCAAACUCUUUUGACUUCCAUAAAACCCAUGGAUUCAAUGACGGGCUCCUAUCAACUGGAGUUUUUGUGCAAUAAAUGUUCACCCGCCAUAUUUGGUGAUUAUGAUUUACCUAAUUAUGCCACUUGCAUAUAUGCUGCCCUGAAAUGGCUUUUAGCAGAACUAAAGCAGGGCUUAAAAAUGGCCAAACAAUCUCUGUUGGAAGCUGCCAAACUAAAUCCCUUAUAUGGUUUAUUAUUUGCUCUAAAACAUUUGCUGAAACGUUUGGAUUUCGCUUAUCUAAGUCAGGAAAUAACAUGGCGCAUACUAAUAGCCGAGCUAAUAGUUCUAUGCAAAGAUUUAACAAAUGUAGUUUCUCCCAUUGUUAAUAGCUCCUCGCCCGAGGGUCAUUUGCCUAAUGAUUUUAGCGAGCUACCUAAGGAAAUGCAAACUAAACAGAGUCCCGAAAAGAAAUCCACCUCACCUUGCAAGAUUUUAACCACCAAACUGCGUAAAAUUGAUAUGCAUUCAGUUAAAACCACUCCCCAAAUGGUUUUAUUAUGUGCCUGGCGUACUGUCAAAGAUGUUUCCUUGAUACUGGGCGAAAUAGUUAUCUGCUCUCCCAUACAAUACAGUAAAUUAACCGAACAUUUUCUUAUUACCAAAGAACAAAUUCUGGAAAUUGGUGAACAUUUCAAACUUUUACUCUCCGAGGUGAAACAUAGGGGUGCUUUUGAGCAAGCCUAUGUAGGCUUUUCGAAAUUAUGCUGCCGUUUGUGGACCGUAGAAGCAAAUGAUUUGAAUGCCUUGCCCAUGAUAUGGCUAAGAGACUUGAUAACAUUAAUUUCCAAGGAUGACCUCAACAAUGAGAAAAUCUGUGCCACCCGCCGCAGUGCUGGCGUACCGUUUAUGGUACAGGCCCUUAUAACCUCCGAAUUGCAAGUGGGCACUACUAAGUCUUUGUACUAUUGCAUGUCGCAUUUACUGCAACUCUGCUCGGCCAGUGACAGAAGUACAGAGUCUCGCACUCAUGCCUUAAAUAUACUCAGAGCCUUAUUUAGAUGUACUGACUUAAAUGAGGCCGUGGGUGAGUUUGUGUCUGAGGGUGUUAUGGCCGCCAUACGCAGUUAUGAUGCCAACACUUGGUCGGAGAAAAAUUCAGCCACUCUUCUGUUUGCCUCCUUAAUAACGCGCAUUUUCGGAGUGCAAAGAACCAAGGAUUCCGAUAAUCUAAAUAUACGUAAUCGCAUGACUGGACGGGUGUUCUUUUUGCGUUAUCCCAAGUUGUAUGAUUUCUUUUUGGAACAACUACAAAAGGCUAGUGAACUAAUAGAACAGCAACAAACUGCCCAUAAAUUACAGCCUCUGUUGCUAAUACUAAGUCGUUUAUAUCCCUCGGCUUUGGAGGGCACCGAAUCAAAUUUGAAAUUAUCCGAAUUCAUACCCUAUAUCUCGAAAUGUGGUGGUUGCCAGGAAAUGACAACUAGAUACUUGGCUGCCAAGGCCAUAGUGGCUUUGAUAAGUAAAGAUGAGGUGAUUACCAUGAUAUUAAACAAAUGUGCAGAGAUGGUGCUAAUGGCUGAUGGUGUUUAUGAAUUUAAAUCAAAUACUUUACAUGGCAAUCUAUUGCAGAUAUUGUAUUUAGUAAAAUAUCAUAAAAACUAUUUGACUGAUGACUUGAUUGCCGAUAUCACUUGCUCCAUAGUUAGUGUGCACGAACGUACAAAACUGAAAAACGCCGUAAUUUUAAAAGUAAUGCUAGACAUUUUUAUUGAAAUUUUAAACAGUUUGUCUACCCUUAAUUUUGGUCCUGCUGUUGUACAACAACUCUUAUAUUUCUCUACUUUAACGACCUUAUGUGAACCAAAUAUGGCCUUUUAUUAUCCCGUUUUAUACAAAUCGAAUUUCCUAUACAAUUUGCAUAUCAUGCGUUUAACUUUACCUUACGGUGCUCUAUCCGAUUAUACAUUAAGUCCUCCUAUAACCAAUAUGCCUUUAGAACAAGCUGAGACCUGCCUUAAUAUAAUGUUACUUUUACUAUUGAAAGCAAAAACAUUUAAUGAAACUAAUGCGGCCUCUGAAAAUGUUGCCUCAACUUCAGCUGCUGCUGCCAGAACAAAGGAGUUGUUAGAUGAAGCGGCCGUUGUGAAAGUAUUGCCAGAGGAUUAUGAAAAUAAUGAAAUUUUACAGGAAUUUGAAAUAAUGCCUCAUGAAUAUCAAUUUGUUAGAAUAUUAAAUGAUGAGACUAUGAGCGAAUUGGCCACCGAACUAAAAGAGAGCAAGGCUUUACAUUUAACCCUCAAGGAAGUGGUUAAAUUACCGCUGUAUUACCCAGAGGCGGCCAUGAAAUCCUAUGCCGUCAUGAGUUUAUUAAGUAAUUUUGAUUUUACUUUAACCAGUUUACUAAGAGAAUCAAAAAAACAUCCUGGCGAUGUUAAGUCACCCAUGAUGCUGUGUGUGGAACGUAUAGUACAAAGUCAAGGUGUAGAGUAUAAAUGUGCGCAAUUGUGUCUGGAGUAUUUAACGGAAAUAUCACAACCCUGGCAACCGGAUUGUUUAAGGUUUAAGGCCGCCAAUUUGUUGGUGUACAUAGCUGUGCACUAUCCGAAAUCGUUGGAAAAGAAACGUAUAAAUUUUGUGCGCUCCUUUAUAAGACUAAUGCUGAAUCUAUUGAUGGACGAUGAUUUUGAUAUACGUGACUUUACAGCUAAAAUAGUUUUACAUUGUCUACCCGAUGACAUUGAAUUGGGUUUGUCUGAUAGUUUAAGUAAUAAUUCUUUAGUUAGUGUUUUAAAAAUUCCAAUUCGUACAGAAAGUGUUGUUUCCACCAUGGCUCAACGUUUGUUUUUACAACACACGGCCGAUCUUUUACUAAAUUAUAGAAUGGACGAUACAUAUAUCUUGGAUAUAUUUAAAUUGAUAACUUCUUGUCUAACCACACAAUGUCUAGCCAAAGAGGAUGAUGGCCAGAACUCGACGCCGUCAUCAUCGGGCAGCGUUAGUGUUGCUAUAGCCUCAUCAGAUGUGGAAAUCUUUGAGAAGAUGGAGGCAAAUGUAUUUGCAGAGCCCCUAAAGGCAAUUACCGACACGGUGGUAGUGUUUAAAUGUACCUUUCGUUUGCGACCUAAAGUUGUACGUUUUGUGGAAUCAUAUUUACAGGAUUUAACAAAUCAGGGAUCAGUGCUGUAAGCUUAUAAAAUACAUAUUCAUAUUUAAACAUAAUGUAUAUAUUAUAUAUUAUUAUUACGUAUUAUUAUUAUGUUUACUUUUCUUUAUAUCAUCUUAGUUUAAGUAUUUACAUCAUAUACUUGACAAAUUUUGUUUUAUCAUGACAAAAAAAAAGAAAACCAAAGUAAUUCAGUUAAGUUAAAAGGGGGUGUUACAGGAAUUUAGAUUAGUUCAGCAUUUUUUAGGAAAAUCUUUUUAA